AUGCUAAAUUUCCCUGUAUAUGGCACACUAAACGGCGACAGGAAAACUAUUAUAAGACACCCCACAAAAUUAAGCCAAACAGCCAUUUCUAAACCGAAAUGUGAAGCUCCAUACGCAGACGCCAGCUUUGAGCUGCUUCAAAAAACAUUAAAAGAAAUCAAUGAAGUCAACGAGAAACUAAAGGAGUUUAGAAAGGACGGGCUUAAGCAAACUAAACUUAGGAAGUCUAUGGAAAGUUUACCAAGCAAAAUGCCACAGAAAAGAAAGUCAGAAAUCCCGAAUAAGCCUACCAAAAAGCCUAAGUUAGACCAAAGCUCUCUUAAUGGUUUUUGUCGAGCUUGAUGGAUCAGAUAA